AUGACGACUCCUACGCUCAUCAACCUACCACCUCCUCCCUCGGAUCCAGUCACUCCUGACAUGGGACCAAUAUGGAUGACUGACCGUGGGCGGGGUGGUUUGGUGGUGGGCAGAGGCACUCCCAAUUCCGGCACGACUUCCCUAUCUGCGCUUUCGACCACAGCCAUUAAAGAUGGUCAUCAGGGCCACCCUUUCCCUCAUGGCCGACAUGCUCACCAGUCCUCCUCUACCUCUAUCUCCUCAGCCAAUACCCUAGAAGCUGAGCGCGCAGAUCGCAUUUCCCGCUUAGCCGGCCUGGAGCGAGUCGCAACUGCCCGCGCCAGUGGUCAAUCGCCCUCGAAUGUCCCCCUGCACAUGCCAUACACCUCUGGUUAUUUUGACAGCCACGCCAUCCUCAAAGAGCGGAGCACGGUGGGCAGUGCCAGUGCCACGGGUAGUAUUGGUGGUCACACGACAUGGGCCAGUGGUAGCGACGCCUUCGACGCAGACAAAAUGAGUGAAGACCCAGAUGACGGAGUCUCCAGUGUGGGUAAUAUCAGCGAUGAAGGAAACGCAAGUCUUGUUGGAUUCGGUGAAGGCGCAAAUAGUACGAUUAGUGGUCCGACUUCCCGUCCUCCUGGCUUGAAUCGUUUAUCCUCUGGUGGUCUCACUCGUCCAACUUCAAUGAGUUCUAAUGUUGGUCGCCAAAAUCCGACCCCGCUGGCUUCUUAUCUCCAGCAACAGCAGCAUCAGCAUUACCCGCCUGGUGAUAGUUCCAUGAUGUCGCCUUCGCCUGCUGGUUCUAAUACCCCUGAACCUAUCCCGGAUGAUGCGCGUAUGCUUGAUGGCAUGACCUUUGAUUCGGAUGUGGUGGAUACUACUGCUCGCACGCCACGACUCGUUACUCCGUCUAAUGAGACUCAGAGUCCCUUUGAGACCCUGAAUCGCGAAUAG